AAAGACGGGGGGUUAUUAAGUGAAAAGCCAACAGAGGCCGGUGGAAAGGAAAGGACAAAGGAGAGAGGGAGAUAAUCGAGCAGAGCCACCGAUCGCUCCUUUCCACUUUCCACAUUCCACUCCGCCUCCGCUGCCGAUCGCCGUCUCCGACCGCAGGAAGAUGAGUGAAGAGGAUAAGGUUGCUGCUUCUGCUGAGCAGCCUAAGAGGACCCCUAAGCUCAAUGAAAGGAUCCUCUCUUCUCUGUCCAGGAGGUCUGUAGCUGCUCAUCCGUGGCAUGAUCUUGAGAUCGGUCCUGGUGCUCCUGCUGUAUUCAAUGUUGUUGUUGAGAUCACAAAGGGAAGCAAAGUUAAAUAUGAGCUUGACAAGAAAACUGGACUGAUUAAGGUUGAUCGAGUCCUCUACUCAUCGGUUGUAUACCCUCACAAUUAUGGUUUCAUUCCGAGGACUCUGUGUGAAGACAAUGACCCAAUGGAUGUGUUGGUCCUGAUGCAGGAGCCUGUUAUUCCUGGUUCGUUUCUCCGAGCAAGAGCAAUUGGCCUUAUGCCCAUGAUUGACCAGGGUGAGAAGGAUGACAAGAUAAUAGCAGUCUGUGCUGAUGAUCCUGAAUACCGUCACUACAAUGACAUCAGUGAGCUGUCUCCUCACCGCCUGCAAGAGAUCAAGCGUUUCUUUGAAGAUUACAAGAAAAAUGAGAACAAAGAGGUUGCUGUCGAUGCAUUCUUGCCUGCGACCACAGCUCGAGAUGCCAUUCAGUACUCCAUGGAUCUGUAUGCGCAGUACAUCUUGCAAAGCUUGAGGCAGUAGAUUGCAAGCAACUAUUUAUCGGGGCGUCUUGGAUUGAGCGUGAUUUUAAUAAGUCGAAACGCUUGAUAUUGUGUGCGAACCUUGGAAUUGAGAACAAUGUCACUACCCUAUACUGCUUUCCUACUUGUACUCCUUUUUUGUUAUUAAUUUAUAAAUGAGCGUCCAUACGUAUACCGUGUGGCUUCAUGGGUCUUCGUCUACCCAAGUAACUAGCUGUGUGGAGUAAUGAAAGGAUGUCUAGCGUCCGUUGUUUUGCUGUUGUGAAUGAGAUGGCACUCCCUAGGCCUGUGGGAGGAGGCCGAGGUGUAGCUGUAGCCCAUUGCCAGGCGUCGUUUGGAACAUGGGAAGUUUUCCCCAUUCCUGUAUCUUAUGGGUGAAAUAAAAUUUAUUUAAAAUUGAAUUAAUAAGUUAA